AUGUCGUCGACUGCAUCAGCUGGUGGUUCGUUUUCAAAUAUGAAUUCUUCUCUCCCUCUACCAACAAAACCUAAUCCACAUAAAACUUCUUCAUCCAGUGAUGUAUCUCUUCCAGUUUAUGAUACAAAUGAUCCACAAGCAAUACUUCGAGCAUUAAUUCGUUUUAUAAUGCGUACAUUUUAUGAAGUUCCAAAAUCUCUUGUUAUUGAAUAUAUUUAUCAUCAUAAAAAAAUAAAACAACAAGAUUUAGCUGAUCGUUUAUGUUUAGAUCCUAAAGUAGUUCGUGGAUAUAUUCAAGAAUUUAAACGUGAUAAAUUUAUUAUAGAAGAUCAUCGUCUUGAAUCUAAUGAUGGUACAACUGGUCGACGUAGUCAAGAUCAAUAUUAUUAUAAAUUUGAUAGAGAAACAUUUAUUAAUGUUGUUCGAUAUCGUUUAAUACAUAUGCGAAUGCAUGUAGAAAAUUUUGAACGACAACAAACAUAUAAACAAACAAAUUAUGAAUGUGAACAAUGUGCAAAAGAAUAUACAGAAUUAGAUAUUGGAAAAUUAUACGAUUUAACACAGGAUACAUUAAUAUGUUUGUUAUGUGGUGGUGUUGUACAUGAAGAUGUUGAAACAAACGAUACAACAAAUCGACAAACGAUUAGUGUAAGUUUAUUUAAUGAACAAAUGAAGCCAAUAUAUAAAGCACUUAAACAAAUUGAUAACAUUAUAAAAAAUGAACAACAGAUGAAAGAUUCUUCCGACCACGAUUUGUUUCAACAAAAUGGAAAUUCUUCUUUACUAUCAUCAAAUCAUUCUGCUAAUAGAGAAGGAACAUUAGCAAAUACUAAUCGUUCGCAUGCAUCUAAUGUAUUUGAUCGUACAACAGCAGUUAAUCAUGAAAUACAAAUUGUUAUUGAAAGAGAUGAUGAUGAUGAUGAUGAUUAUUAUUCACAAAUGGAUAUUGAUGGAACAAGUAAUACAUAUUCAUUAAUAGGAUCAUCACGUGAUUCUGGUAAGCUAGGAAGAAAAUCUAAUAAGCCCGUUCAAUCAACAGCUGAAGUUACAACACAAUCAUUAUCAUUAAAAAUGAAAUUAGCUAGUAAAAAGGUUCCAUCUGAACCUAAAACAUUACCUGAAUGGUUUAUUCAUUCAACAGUUCAUACUGAUCAUGAUGAAGAACAUCAUCGAUUAAAUAAUCUAUCAUUAAAUUCAACAACAAAGCCAUCAGGUAUUUCACGUCAAUUAUCCAAUCAAAAAUUAGUAAAAUCACCAAGUUUAAAUGAUAUUAAACAAAUGUUACUUAUGCAUGAAUCACGAAGAGGAAAAAUCUUAACAUUAACAACAAUGGCAGAUUAUAUAAGCCCACGAACAUCUAUACAAAUGGCUAAAACGACUAAUUCACAAUAA